UAGAGUGCUCGCGUUAGACGCGCGUGCAGUUUGUUUAUCUUUGUUUAUCUUUGUUUAUCUUGGAGUCUUUGUUGUUGAGCGUUAGCCGGCAGGUCUUCCUCAUUAAAACGCGAAGCUAAACCUAGUUCUGAUAGCAUCACCUCCGAGCGUCUUCAUGGGUCAGUCGAAUACAACCUUCGUCGUUCCUAAAAACUGGGACUCAUAUGUGAUGCAUGUACAGUUGGGACUAUAAGCUAAAUGGAUCAGUUGUACACUUUGCAGCGGGAGGUGGGACGGGGCAGUUAUGGCGUGGUAUUUGAGGGUAGCAUCACGGAGACAGGUUGGUGGGGUCAACGGGGAGACAGGGUGGCUAUCAAACGCCUCCCCUGCUGCAGCCCGGAGAGCAUCGAACUGUACCUGCAGGAGCUGUGGGCCAUGAGGGCUACUGCCAGACAGCACCCAAAUGUCAUCGCCCUCUCCAACUGCCUCCUGCAAACGGGACCCAAAACCCUUCGGCCGCUAAGGGCAGACAGGCUUCCGCUGGACCUUGUGGAGAGUGUUCUCAAAGGGAGAGUAGUGAACCGAAGAAGAAACCCAUCCAGCUCUAGGAGAUUAGCACACGUGGAAGAGGUGCCCCGGCAGUGCUUCACUCUCUGGCUGGUGAUGGAGUUUUGUAACGGAGGGGAUUUGAACCACUAUGUGCUGUCGCAGCUUCCGGACGUUCAGCGCAGCCACGAUGUCAUACAGCAGCUCAGUAGUGCUGUGACUUUCCUGCAUGGACUGGGAAUAGUACACAGAGACCUCAAACCAGACAACGUUCUGGUCUGCCUCACCAGAACUGGGCCGGUGGUCAAGGUGGCAGACUUUGGCCUCAGCAAGAUGGUGUCCGGCCCCGUGGAUGGAGAACCCAGCAGGUUGGCCCUCUCCUCCACCUGUGGCUCUGACUUCUACAUGGCCCCCGAGGUAUGGGCUGGCCGGAACUACACGGCCCAAGCUGAUAUCUUCUCCCUGGGGGUGCUUUUCUGGGCCAUCCUGGAGAGGAUCACCUUUCUGGAGGAUGGUUCCAACCAGGAGCAACUGGGGGCAUAUGUAAUGAGGGGCCGAAGGCUGACCCCGCUGGGAGAGGCGCUGUGCCACAAGCCGGACCUGCAGCUGGUCAUCCCUACGAGAGCCCGGCGAGCCUCACCCCUGCCGCCCCCUCCUGCUCCAGUCCUGUGCAUGCUGCUGCUGGACAUGCUGGCGCCCGACCCAGCUGCCCGGCCCACUGCCCGGCUGCUGGAGGAGAGGGUCCGACAGGCUACAGACCCUCGCUGAUCUCUGAGCGCUGCCUUGCACAGAAAUGAACUGGGCUAAUCUUUGUGUGGAUGGCCGAGCCUUCAGAUGUCAUAAUUGGGUUUAGAAGAGCACUGUUGCAGACACCGUGACCACGGCGCAGGGGGAAAUUGGCACGGUCACGCCGCAAGUCCUUUGGUGCGGCGGUUUAAUUUUAGCCCGUCAAUGUGACUGCGGCCUUUGAAGCAGCUGGGUUGACGGGGCGUGUCCAACGUCGGGAGUGGGGGAGCGGAGCAAGGAGAAUGUGUAUCGCUCGCCAGGGUUGCCCCCCCCCCCCCGGAUUGAAAUGCCCAUGGAGCAGUUCCUUAGAAGUUAUUGGCUGGUUUAUUUUCUGGCGGAUUGUCAAAUGGCUUCUGUGUUUGGAGACCACACUCGGUCUUCCUCAGGAAAUUAAACUUCCAGUUUGAUUGAUCUACAUUAUGCUUGCCUGGGCCCAAAACAUAAUUUCUGUUGAACUGGCAUUUAUCAGUAGGAGGAAGAGAAAGGAAUCUAUUGGUAUUGAAUUUAUCAAGAGAGUCAAUUACACUGUUUUACUUGGAUUCAUUCAGCCCCCUCCAGGAAUCUGCAAUCUUGCAGUUAUGAAAAUUCAAACAAGCUCAACCAGCACUUGCAGUGCUUCCAAAGGUGGUCUAUGGUCACUGCAUUCUUUUGGUGGUUCAUUGUGUUGGGCUUAAUGGGCAAAUCAGUGAAAUGCUUCCAGUGUGGCAAGCAUGUACCUCUGUGCUACUUGUUGGGGAAACACAGGCCAAACUUAAUCAUAUGUAUUUAAAAAAAAAAAAAAAAUUUUUAGUCUACAAAAUAUAAAAUGAUGGCUAAAUUCUUGGUCACAAUGAAUAAUAAAUAUAGACCAAGCCUUGCAUUAAACAGCUCAGCAGGUCUGGCGUCAGUUUUCGGCUUUUACAGUGACACAACUGCAGCAGCUAUAACAUCAAUCUUACUAACCCUUCUGGAAGGUUUUUUGAUUAAUGUGGCCCUUUUGUGUGUAAGAGUGUCUCUCUCUCUCUCUCUCUCUCUCUCUCUCUCUCUCUCUCUCUCACACUCAUCUGUGCUGUCUCAUGUGGCUAGAUAGAGUGGAGUAAUAGGUUUGUGUUACUUGGCCCUGCUCUCUACAUUGAGCUGUUUAGAGCUGUGGGUGCUUCCUUCUGCUACUUCCUUGACUGCAGGCAACACAAGCCAAAGGUUACAGAUUGAAAAGCAAGUUUUUACCCCACCCCCUUACAAAUUACAAAAAAAAUAGAUUUGCAUCUGGGGCUAAUGGGUCGUAGAAUUUAGAAUCUCAAGUAGAUGAGUAUACAAGUAAUAAAAUUUUAAUUGAAUAAAAAGUUAAUUAGUUUACUGCUUUGGACUUUCAGCUGAAUUCAUAAUACUGUUGGUAAGGAAGUGGGGGAAAUUUACUGGUUCCUUUUAUGGCUCAUAUCUGUGUGCAGUCAGUUUACCCAGUGUCUCCUGUUAUAACUGUGA